AUGCUAAACCUGUUCCGUGGUCCAAGACAGUCGCGUACCCCGUCUUCCCGAACCGAUGACACGGCUUACGACUUCCAAUGUAAAGACGCUACGAAGACAAUACUUACGUCAUCCCUUCCCGACGUGGUAUCUCCAACUCCCUCCGUAAAACACACGACGCGCGAGUAUCGCCGACGUGUCGAACACGCGGGGAGUGGCGGACGACCGCACCGGCAUUGCGUUCGCGUCACGCACCGAGCACGCAAUGCGUGCGCGCAUCGCCCCCACCCGCCCUUUCCCCCCCCCCCCCCCCCCACGGCACCGCCCCGGCGGCCACGUGCCCAGCACGGUCCGGCAACACCCAAGGGCCGUGUCACACCCAUCGGGAUGCUGCGCGGCCCAAUGGCCGAGAAGUGCACGAGCUCGUGCGGCGAAUCGCGCGCCCCCCGAAGG